UUUUUCCGUGAAGAUAACUCGCACCGGUAGUUUAGAUGGAUGUUUUUGAACCAUGUUGAGACGAUGGUUCCCCUCAGCAUGAAAUUAACAUUUCAGCAUGCUGAUAGCAUCAUGCAAGCAAGGAAUUUCUGUUUUGUAUCCUGCCGCAUCGCCGAGCUAUGCUGCGCCGUGGUAGCUUAAAAUGGCGAGCACGCAAAGGGAUCACUGGUCUCAUGUCUGGUUGCAGUGCUUACUUCUUAGUCUGCUUCUCUGCAGAAAUGUCGUCUUAGCAGAUACCAAUAAGUACUACCACACGUCAACACUGUGUCUGCAUGAGAAUGACCAGGCAAUGUAUAAGAAAGUGGACGGCGCAGUUGUCACCUCUGAGAAUGAAGACGACAUGAGAUGCGUCGUUACUUUCCAGACCGACUCCAUCCUGCAAGCUUUCAUGCUGCGCUUCGACCAUCUUGCCCUCGACUGCAACGAUCAUCUCUACAUCUUUGACGGGGCACAUGAGUAUGGGAAGUACGAAUUUGACCUCUCAUGCCGGAGUACUCGCACUGACGUAGGGACCAUUCUCACGAAAAGCAACUAUGUGACGCUCAAGUACAUCACUGAUAACCGCAGCCAUGCUGGGAACGGAUUCAAACUCAUUAUUACUGCUGUCAAGAAGCCAGGAGCGGGAUGUAAAAACUUCCGAUGCCUCAACGAUUUGUGUAUCUCCUUAAAUUUAACCUGUGAUGGGGUAAAUCAUUGUGGAGAUAAUAGCGAUGAAACUAGUCAAGCACUUUGUGGCGAUGAUGGUUCUACGAAGCAAAUCUUGGGGCUGAACUUCGGGACAUUUGUGUCGCUCGUUCUGGGAAGCUUCCUGAUUUGCUGUGUGUGUGUGGUGGGGGUGAUUGUGUGCGUCUUCCACAAAGAGGCACAGCAAAGGCGUCUAGAAGCAGAAGGGACCCCUCACUCCGUGGUCCUGGGGCAAGGCCGCCCCUACCCUACGGAGCCGCCCUUCAGUGCUCCGCCUUCGCAGCCGGAGGAGAAGCCGCCCCCCUACCCGGGAAACCCGUUCCUGCAGCGCGGCGGGAACCCCAGAGGAGGCGCCUACUAUCGUGCAGAGUGAAGACAUGCAGGCGACCUCAGCCACCCAAGAAGGAAUGGCUCGUAUGACCCUGGCCACAUGUCCUCCCCCUCUCCUCCCCCGAGCAGUGCCGUGUGAACUGACGUGCGUUCGGUGCGCACCCCGACGUGCGUUCGGGCUCCUCUCCGAGCA